UUCCUCCCCCAUCCCCUUGACUCUCCCCUCCCUGCCCUCGCUCCCUCGCUCGCCCUCAGCGCGGCCCCCGCCAUGACGGAGGCGGGUGCCGGUGCCGUUGCCGCCGCUGCCGUCGCAGGGGGGGAGUCGGGUUCCCAGAAAGUAGCUUGAUGAGUGUCCAAAGUAGCAGUGGAAGUUUGGAGGGGCCGCCAUCUUGGUCCCAGCUCUCCACGUCUCCAACCCCGGGCUCGGCGGCGGCGGCCAGGUCCCUGCUGAAUCACACGCCGCCAUCCGGGAGGCCCAGGGAAGGUGCAAUGGAUGAGCUUCACAGUCUGGAUCCAAGAAGGCAAGAAUUAUUGGAAGCUAGAUUUACAGGAGUUGCAAGUGGGAGCACUGGGAGCACUGGCAGUUGCAGUGUUGGAGCAAAAGCCUCAACAAAUAAUGAAAGUUCUAAUCACAGUUUUGGAAGCUUGGGAUCUUUAAGUGACAAAGAAUCUGAGACACCAGAGAAGAAACAAUCGGAAUCAUCCAGAGGAAGAAAGAGAAAAGCAGAAAACCAGAAUGAAAGUAGUCAGGGAAAAAGUAUUGGGGGACGUGGCCACAAAAUCAGUGACUAUUUUGAAUACCAAGGUGGGAAUGGCUCAAGUCCAGUAAGAGGCAUACCUCCUGCGAUCCGUUCUCCUCAAAAUUCACAUUCACAUUCCACUCCUUCUUCAUCUGUUCGACCGAAUAGCCCUUCUCCUACUGCAUUAGCUUUUGGGGACCACCCUAUUAUACAACCAAAGCAGUUAUCCUUUAAAAUUACUCAGACUGAUCUUACAAUGCUGAAAUUAGCAGCAUUAGAAAGUAAUAAAAACCAGGACCUGGAAAAGAAGGAAGGUCGUAUAGAUGACUUGCUCAGGGCUAACUGUGAUCUCAGACGGCAAAUAGAUGAACAACAAAAAUUACUUGAAAAAUACAAAGAACGAUUAAAUAAGUGCAUAUCAAUGAGCAAGAAGCUGCUUAUUGAAAAGAGUACACAAGAAAAACUGUCAAGCCGAGAGAAGAGUAUGCAAGACCGAUUACGCCUUGGGCACUUCACAACAGUUAGACAUGGUGCUUCAUUUACUGAACAAUGGACAGAUGGUUUUGCGUUUCAGAAUCUUGUGAAGCAACAAGAAUGGGUGAAUCAGCAAAGGGAAGAUAUUGAAAGGCAAAGGAAACUUCUAGCCAAACGUAAACCUCCCACAGCUAAUAAUUCUCAGGCACCCUCUACCAAUUCUGAACCAAAACAGAGGAAAAACAAAGCAGUCAAUGGAGCAGAGAAUGAUCCCUUUGUUAGACCAAAUUUACCACAACUGUUGACUUUGGCAGAAUAUCAUGAACAGGAAGAAAUUUUCAAACUUAGACUAGGACAUCUCAAAAAGGAAGAGGCAGAAAUCCAGGCAGAACUUGAACGUUUAGAAAGAGUCAGAAAUCUUCACAUUCGAGAGCUCAAAAGAAUAAAUAAUGAAGAUAAUUCACAGUUCAAAGAUCACCCAACAUUAAAUGAAAGAUAUUUGUUACUUCAUCUGCUUGGUAGAGGCGGCUUCAGUGAAGUGUAUAAGGCUUUUGACCUUUAUGAACAAAGAUAUGCUGCUGUGAAGAUCCACCAGCUUAAUAAAAGCUGGAGGGAUGAGAAGAAGGAAAACUACCACAAACAUGCCUGCAGAGAGUAUAGAAUACACAAAGAACUGGAUCACCCUAGGAUAGUUAAACUCUAUGAUUAUUUCUCCUUGGAUACAGAUACGUUUUGUACAGUGUUAGAGUACUGUGAAGGCAAUGACUUGGAUUUCUAUCUGAAGCAACAUAAAUUAAUGUCAGAGAAGGAAGCUAGGUCUAUUGUAAUGCAAAUUGUAAAUGCACUAAGAUAUCUCAAUGAAAUCAAACCCCCUAUUAUACAUUAUGAUCUUAAGCCAGGAAACAUCCUUCUGGUAGAUGGCACAGCAUGUGGAGAAAUCAAAAUUACUGAUUUUGGUCUAUCCAAGAUCAUGGAUGAUGAUAGCUAUGGUGUAGAUGGAAUGGAUCUAACUUCUCAAGGGGCAGGCACUUACUGGUACUUACCUCCUGAGUGUUUUGUAGUUGGAAAAGAACCACCAAAGAUUUCCAACAAGGUUGAUGUGUGGUCAGUUGGCGUCAUUUUCUUUCAGUGUCUUUAUGGUAGAAAGCCGUUUGGUCACAAUCAAUCGCAACAAGACAUUCUUCAAGAAAAUACAAUAUUAAAAGCCACAGAAGUCCAGUUCCCCGUAAAACCAGUUGUAAGCAGUGAAGCAAAGGCCUUUAUAAGACGCUGUCUGGCCUACCGAAAAGAAGAUCGGUUUGAUGUGCACCAACUGGCAAAUGACCCGUACCUUCUCCCACAUAUGAGAAGAUCAAAUUCUUCAGGAAACUUACACAUGGCUGGGCUUACAGCAUCCCCUACUCCCCCUUCUUCAAGCAUAAUUACUUACUGAUUUUCCUCCAAAAUUGGCAUGAUAUCUUUGAAUUGCUUCCAGAUACACACUUGAGUUUGAGAGCGUUUGAUUUUCUGUUGUUUUCUUUUUCACACAGGACAUGGUUGAGAACUAUUUGUGAACUGAAGUUCUUCAUAGUGUCAUUUGUAUGGGAGUGGAUCAUGGACAAUGAAUAAAAUGUACACUUUGACUAGAACCUUGAGCAGUGAAGGAUGACUGCCUGUUGCACAGAAACAGGAAUACCAUGUUACAAAAAAUUGGGGGAACACUGUAAAUAACGUUUAUAAUACUUAAAUACAUUUGGUUGUUACUAGAGAGUUCUAAUAUGAAGGGUAGUUUUUCAUUAUUUAAAAACACAUGGAAAAAAUAUUUCUAACACAAGAACUAUAGUGCCUGGAUACAUUCUUCAGCAUUCAGCAGUUAAUCUGCUGAAACCAAAGUAAGAACUGAAUGACAGUGACAUUUGUGUUUUAUAGUAGAAUGUGAGAGUUAGAAUCUUUGGACUUUGGACAAAGUUAGACUUUGUCACUUGCCUAUUCUGGCUUUUACCAGGUUGUACCUCGAAACCACGUAUCUGGGGUUUUUUUUGUUGUUGGGUUUUUUUUUUCCCCCACUAGUCAUGUUAACCAGGAGAGCUGUUGUUUCUAGAUACUUUACACCUUUGAAAAAAGGAGCUGCUUGUCAGUUGAAUUCACUAAAUAUCUCUGGUGUUUUCAACAUGUUUGAAUUAGAUAUUUUCUUCCCUUUGUUACCAGGCCUUGUUCAUAAACAAGUGACAGUAUGUAGCCAAAUGCAGAUCAGACCAGUUCUAUGCAGGAUAAUGAUAAAUUCCCUUCUAGCUCUAUUGUAAAUUGUUGUACAGAUGUUGUAUUUCAAUUACCAAGUUUCAGCAGCUUAUUCUUGUACAAAUGUUUAAAAAUAUGGCUUUUCUAAUUGGAUAUUGUAUUUUUUUUAAGUCUUCUUGAAGGCGCUUUAAUUGCUGCUAAAUGAUGUUGCUUCUUUGCUAAAAAAAUUUAAUGACCUCCUUAAAGGUGCAAGUUGACUGUACAUCAUAGAGAGAUAUUAAAGGCUGGCAUUCGUUAACAAUCAAGGCAUGUAAAAAUGAUCCAUCUUGGACAUGUAGGGUUCACUCAAUCAGAUUCUUGGGUUCUAGAGCUGUGGAGCACAUAGAUAACUAGAUUUAUCAGUUGUUCAUGUUUAUUCUACAUUUCUAGAAGGUUCUUAUCAGAAAGGUAAGAUGAUGGUCCCAUAAAUAAGUUUCUUGUGGUUUGUACAGAUUUGUUAAAAUGUGAACAUUUUCUAACUGCCUUGUAUGGUAGAAACCAUUAUUUUUCAGGAUGUUAUAUUUUACUCCUGUAAUUAUUUGUCACAUUCAUAAUGCUGAUACUUACAUGUAAGUUGUCCAUUUUGCCGAAAAAGGAGGUGAUAACCACAGAUUCUCCUUAAUAUUGUACAGUUAAACUGUGGCUCUUAUUUCUCAUGUUGCAAGCCAUUUUGUUUUUCAUUGUACAUAUAGACACAUUGUCUCUUUAAGAUGCUGCUGAAAUUGUAGAGAAUGUAGCCAAAAACAGUAAUAAACAAUGACAAUUAAAAUUUAA